UAUACGAUCUUAUCGUAAAGUAAACCGCGUUACACAGAGAGAGAGAGAGAAAGAGCGGGGGGAGAGAGAGAGAGAGAGAGAUUUUCAAUUUCUAUCCCUGGUACACUGCAAGGGUUUUUGUCGGUGGUUUCCACCGGAACUCCGCCAUACGCCGCCGUAUGAAAUAAAAGAACCGGCGGGCCAUGUGUUGUAGCCCAAUUACCAAUGCAUUGGUGGCAAACUCCCUUCUCUUCUUCCUCAGCUUCACAUUCACCUUCAUCUUCAUCUUCAACUUCACCUUCAUCCACGAAGCGUCAUUCCGAUGAUAGUGCUUUGAAAAACAAGAUAUUCUCCUUUCGCAGCCGAGUCUUCCGCUCCAAUCAGCCCCGCCUCACGCGCUCCAGUAGGCUUCGCUACCCUACCAAGGACCACCCUGACCUCCUAUGGCGCUCUCCCAGCGUUCAGAAUCAGUCCUCCUCCUCCUCCUCCUCUGUUGUUCCUCAGCCUUUGCCUCUUCCUGAAUUGGCCGUGUUGCUCCGCCAUGACGCCUCGCCUCGUAACCUCAGCUCCAGCCCCGUCAAUGUUCCUCUUCCAUCGCCCAAAGAGCGGCUGAGCAGCGGCGGAGAGGACACAGAAAGAGAAAGAGACGGUUUGACCGUUGAUACAAAUGAAUAUGGAGUCUCGCCCACCUCUGGAUCUGGCAGUACAUUUCCUUUCCAUGACUCGCGGAAAAAUAAGGACCACGCCGACACUCGGUCUGGGAAGUCUCCUCAAGAAUUGAAUUGUAUGGAAAGAUUUCAAUUCAACUACGGUUUCAACAUACCCAUUAGUGCUCCGACUAGUCCUUACUCAAGUCCUACACGGAGCCCUCACAGAUGUGCUGGGGAUAAUAUUACAUCUCAUUGUAUGUCUCCUCAAGUAUUUCAAAUGUGGUCUGCACCAGAGAUGCCCCCUUUAGAUUUGAAUCUAGGUCUUGAGUUUUCUCAUCAGAUAUUGUCCCCUGAGAAAACUGCAUUUAGCGUCGAUAGUUCGCCUCUCCAUAGUCCAAGAUUAAGUCCUCGCCAGAGCUCCAGAAUUCCUAGUGGACCCCCAUCACCAUUGCAUAAGAAAUUAUCUGUCGAUACCCAUUCAGUACGGCGUGAUAGUAAUGCUCAGGCCGUUGUUCAUCCCCUUCCUCUUCCUCCCGGAGCCACUUCACCUUCGAAGCCGUCUCCGAUUCCUCAAGCUACAGCUAAACCAGAGGUAAUGCCAAUAAAAUCUCAAUGGCAAAAGGGAAAGCUUAUUGGGCGUGGUACAUUUGGAAGUGUCUAUGUUGCCUCUAACAGAGAAACUGGAGCUCUAUGUGCGAUGAAAGAAGUUGAAUUAUUUUUUGAUGAUCCAAAAUCUGCAGAGAGUAUAAAACAAUUAGAGCAGGAAAUUAAAGUUCUCAGCCAGCUAAAGCAUCCAAACAUCGUGGAGUAUUAUGGUAGUGAAAUAAUUGGAGACCGGUUUUACAUAUAUCUGGAAUAUGUUCAUCCUGGUUCAAUUAAUACAUAUAUCCGUGAACAUUGUGGAGCAAUUACAGAAUCUGUUGUGCGCAAUUUUACUCGCCAUAUUCUCUCUGGUUUAGCUUACUUGCAUAGCACAAAGACAAUUCACAGGGACAUCAAAGGGGCUAAUUUACUUGUUGAUGCAUGUGGGGUUGUCAAACUUGCUGACUUUGGGAUGGCUAAACAUCUUGCUGGUCCAGCAUCUAGUCUUUCCUUAAAGGGUAGUCCUUACUGGAUGGCUCCUGAGCUCUUACAAUCUGUAAUGCAGAAAGAUACUAGUUCUGAUCUUGCUCUAGCUGUUGAUAUUUGGAGUUUGGGUUGUACUAUUAUUGAAAUGCUGAAUGGGAAACCUCCUUGGAGUGAGUAUGAAGGGGCUGCAGCCAUGUUCAAAGUUUUAAGAGAUAUCCCACCCAUACCUGAAACAUUGUCAUCUGAAGGCAAGGAUUUCUUACGUCGUUGUUUUCGUAGAAAUCCAGCAGAGAGGCCAUCAGCUAGCAUGUUAUUAGAACAUCCAUUCUUGAAAAACUCACAGCAACUUGAUGUUCCAGCUUGCACUCAGGCACUUAAUGGAAUGAAAUUGAUGGCUAAAGUACGAUCUCCAAGAGAGCGCCCUAAUUAUAAACUUGAGCCGUUGCAAGUGUCUCCAAAUGCACUAACCGCUAGAGCAAAACUAGCAAACAACUUCAUCCACGAUUCUUUUUCUCCGGUGAGAACAGCCAAUCAUCUUCUCAUGAAACUUUCGACUUAGACAGUGGUCCCACAUCAUUCUCCCCAUUCUACCCCCCUAUGCAAACAUCCCCAGCUCUAUUAAAGAUGGUGCCUAAAAGAAUUAAUGCUUGCAAUGGCUUGCAGAAGGGGACUACUACUUGUUCUUUGGGUUAGUUACACCAAGACUCCCUCAACUAUUGGUGAAUAUCACCUUACCCCCCUCAUCUAUAAACCCGUACAUUUUGACCCUUAAAAUAUAUUAAAAAAAAAUGUACCACUUUCACCCCUCCAGAAAGGGGGAUUCGUACGCUUUUUUUUAUAUAAUUGAGAGGGUCUAUAUGUAUGGGUUCAUAGAUGAAGGAAUAUGAUAUACGUUAGUAAUUGACGGGGUCUUGAUAUAAUUAACCCUUUUCUUUUGAUGUGGUUUGCUGAUAAUGCGGCUCAAUUCAAUAAUUGUGUCAUAGAACAUUGUGGAUGCGGUAUUAGUGAGUUGCAGACAUAGGGAGUUGCACCGGUAGGUUCUUUGCCUCGUCUUGCUUGUUGACUCGUAAUGAAAGGUACGAGGCUUCUUUCUUUGUCCUGGAAGAUUUCCUGGGACUUGGGAUUUAGAAGCAGAUUUUGUAUGCUAUUUUCCACAUAGAGCUUCAUCAAGUAAAGUUGUUCUUUGAACAUAUAUAAUCCCAGUGUAAUGCUCACAUUGGUGUACAAUUGGAGUUGAAAUGAAUGUGUAGAUAGUAUAUUUCAGAAUGUUCAAGUUAUCAAGUGAUCUGUGCCUACUAUUCAUCUUUGCUUU